CUCUCUCCUUCUUUCUCUGAAAUUUCAUUCUUUUUUGGUCUUUUCUCACUAUAAACAUAGGCCCUCUUGAUUCCCUUUAUCUCUCCCUCUCUCUCUCUUAACUUGGAUCUUUCCUUUUCUCUCUCCUCUGUUCAUGGCUGCAACUCCCAAUGAAGUACAGCAGACCACACCCCAACAAAACCUCCCUUUUCUCUCUCUCUCCUCUUUUAAAUGACGAAAUUACCCUCUCCGACAGUCGCCGCCGUCCUCAUCCUCAUCGCCGUCGUUUUCCCGCUGUUCCCGGCGAUUCAAGCUCUCGGUUCUGCCUCCACCCUUGCCGUCAGUUACGCCUCCAGAACCGUUUGUGGCAUCGUCGCCGAGCAGCCGACCCAAAGGAUUUUGUGCUUCCGUGACGGUCAAACUAUUUUUAUUGAACCUCAUUUCUCCUUUUCUGCCGUCUCCGGCGGCCGGAAUAUCUUCUGCGGUAUAAGGUCUAGCGGCGAUAUCCUCAUUUGCUGGGACUUCGACUCAUCCACCGCCGCGUUUCCCUGGAGAAGAAUCUAUAACAACACCUCCAUUUUUCUCGAGAAUCUCGCGGUCGGCGACGAACAAAUCUGUGCCACGGCUGUCGGCGCCGGCAAUGUAACUUGCUGGCGAGAAGGUAACAAAGCUAAAGUUGGAUUUUCUUCUCUUCAAUUCGAUUCAAUCUCUUCUGGGUACGGAUUUUCUUGCGGAAUUUUGAAGGGCAAUAAUCAAUUCGUACGAUGUUGGGGUCGAAAUUCGUCGAUUGCAAACGUAAUCGAAAAUGGGUUUAGAAAUAUUUCAAUGGCGACCAUCGUCGCCGGCGGGUCUCAUGCUUGUGGAUUGAAUAUCUCCGGUGGGUUGGUUUGUAAAGGGAACAACGAUUUUGGGCAGCUGGAUUUUCCUUCAAGUUUAGCCAUGGAGUUCUCUGAAUUGGCACUCGGUGAACGCCAUAGCUGUGGGAUUUUGGUCUCGAAUCGAUCGGUGGUCUGUUGGAGUGGUGAUUUGAGAUUCUCUGUUGAUUCGAUUCGAGAAACUUCUUUUGAGUUAAUUUCUUCUGGAUCGGAUUUUGUUUGUGGUUUAACGACGAGUAAUUUCUCUGUUCUUUGUUGGGGGCCUGGUUGGUCCAAUGAUUCUUCACUUUCUCUUCCUAAGAUUCUUCCUGGUUCUUGUGUUCAAUCUUCUUGUAGUGAUUGUGGGGUUUAUCCUCUGUCUCAAACGCUCUGUUCUGGUUCUGGGAAUGUUUGUGGUCGCUGUUUGUUUAAUGUUUCAACGCCGCUGCCGUCGCCUCCACCGUCUCCGCCGCCAACGGUGGCGGCCCCAUCAUCUCCUUCGGCGGGUUUGAAAAGGGGUUUGUUGGCAUUUGCUAUUGUGGGCUCUGUUGGGGCAUUUGCUGGGAUUUGUACUGUUCUUUACUGUUUAUGGACUGGUGUUUGUUUUAAGCAUAAGAAGAUACAUAACUCUGUUCAGCCCACCAUCACUAGAGCUGCUAGCUCGACAACAUCGAAUACGAACAACAGCCCGGUGUCGAGGUCGUCGACAAUUCGGCGACAGGGAUCCCGGAUAAUGCGGAGACAGAGGAGUGGGACAUCGUCGAAGCAUGCGGAUAAAGCAGAAGAAUUCACUCUAUCUGAGCUUGCUAAGGCUACCAAUGAGUUUUCCCCUGAUAACAAGAUCGGGCAGGGAAGCUUCGGCGUGGUGUACCGGGGGAAACUGUUCGACGGUCGGGAUGUUGCGAUAAAGAGAGGCGAAACGGGGUCGAAAACUAAGAAGUUUCAGGAGAAGGAGAGUGCUUUUGAUUCAGAAGUGGCAUUCUUGUCUAGGCUUCAUCACAAGCAUUUGGUUAGGCUUGUUGGGUAUUGUGAGGAGAAAGAUGAGCGGCUGUUGGUUUAUGAGUAUAUGAAAAAUGGUGCACUUUACAAUCAUGUUCAUGACAAGAACAACACUGAGAAAGGGAGCAGUGUUAUAAACUCUUGGAAAAUGAGGAUCAAAAUUGGUCUAGAUGCAGCUAGAGGUAUUGAAUAUCUUCAUAACUAUGCAGUUCCUCCCAUAAUCCAUAGAGAUAUCAAAUCAUCCAACAUUCUCCUCGACUCAAAUUGGACAGCAAGAGUGUCGGAUUUCGGGUUGUCGUUAAUGAGUCCCGGGUCAGGCUGUGACUACCAACCAACCAAGGCAGCUGGGACGGUUGGUUACAUUGAUCCUGAGUACUAUGGACUCAAUGUUUUGACUGCUAAGAGUGAUGUGUAUGGGCUUGGUGUGGUGUUGUUGGAGCUUUUGACAGGGAAGAGAGCUAUAUUCAAAGACGAUGAACAGGGCGGGACACCGGUGAGCGUGGUCGAUUAUGCAGUGCCUGUCAUUAUGGUUGGAGAACUGGCGAAGAUUUUGGAUCGGAGAGUCGGGCCACCGCAUAUCAACGAAGCAGAGGCUGUGGAGCUGGUGGCUUACACAGCGAUGCACUGCGUGCAUUUGGAAGGGAAAGAUCGGCCAACGAUGACCGACGUUGUCGCUAAUUUGGAACGAGCUUUGAAUCUCUGUGAUGAUAGCCCUGGUAGCAACUCUAGUGGUGGAAUUUCCAUUGUUUCAGAGUGAAAAAUUCUU